AUGCGUUCCCGCUCGACGACCCCUCGUAAGCCUGUCCACGCUGCGUCGGCGGCGCCGCACCUCGGGCUCGGCAUCACCUUCGCCUCAAGUGGCGCAACAACGAAAUAGCGGUCGGCCAGAACACACGGCCGAGAAUAUUGGUCCAGCAGCGGCGGGAGGGAGAAAAUGUUCAGACUCGAACCGGUUAUCUCUGUCCCGCGUAUUGCCCAAUCGACGUGUGCGUCGGCAUUGCGUGAGGCAUUUUCACUCAAAUGUCCUCACUUUCCCUCCUCAUCGAGUUUUUUUUUUCUCCCUCUCUUUCGGCAAUAACUGUCCACUGAAAGUGAGGACCGACGGACAGACAAGCGGAAGGAUGCCACACCGAAAUUGCAUUACGCAAGGAUUUUCCUGUUUUCUCCCUUCUGGAUCUCACUGACGAAUGAUCAGAGUGGUCGCACAAUCGUGGCUUUGGUUGUAACGUCUAGGUUUUGGGGUAGUUGGACUGACUUUUUGAAGUAGUAUCCUGUAAGAAAAGGAUUAUCGGGUAUACCUUUGAGGUUAGACUUGAGGUAUACCCUCAAGCUGUAUGGCUCAGAUAGGGCUAAAAGGUAUACAGGAUGUCCCACGAUGGCCAUAUUGGCAGAUAUUCACGAUCCAUUUCGAGAAGUGUGCCGCAGGAGACAUUAUAGUGCACUUCUGAUGCGAGUGUAAGACUCCUGGGGGCAGCCCGAAAGAAGCUUCAGGAUAAACGGUUUUGAAAAGUUGAAAGCGAAAUGAAAAUCAAAGGUGGGAAUGGAGCUCAAAAAGUUUGAUAGGAGUGAACGGAGCCUGUAGUUUGAUCUCUUCAAAAGAUCAGGCUAAUGAAAAUCUAUGAUUUCUGCUCGCAGGGCAGCUUAAAAGUUAGAUUAAGCGACGUCAAAGCAAAUCGAAAGAAAUUUGGCAAGGGCUUGAUCCACCGACCUUUGGAGCAGGAGGAUCGAUCUCUAGCCACGUGGCUACGUCUUAUUUUGUAAAAAAUAUUGGUCUGUACGGUCCCCUGAGCAAAUCUUUUCUCAUCAUCGGAGCGCUACUAUGGCUUCUCAUAAGGUACGGGAUAAUUUCAGUUGAAUACUCGACCCAGAGAUCUCUGGAUUAGGAGUCUGACCUUUCAAGAACCUUGCCACAAUUCCUCUUUUCAUUCAUAUCAUUGAAUAGUUAUAUUAUUUCUUUGCACUUACCUCAUAAUCACAUCAGUCUUAAUGAGGGCUUGAUCCAGCAACCUCUGGUUCUUUAGUACCGCUUCUUAGCCACUCGGCUACACCUUCUGGACAUCUUUUUAUCAAUAAAGGCAAUAUGCUCUUUUAUUUUCUUGUUGGGCUUUCACUUUUUAUAUUUACUGGACUUGAUCCAACGACACUUGGAUCAUGAGACUGACCUCCUAGCCAUGCGGCUACAUUCUCUAUCAACCGCACAUUUUUUCCUCGGCUUCCGAUUUUCAAAGAUUCUUUCUGAAGGCUUGCUCCAGUCACCAUCGGAUUAGUGUACCUAUUAAUCUCUCAGUAACUUUGAAUAUUUUUUCCUCGCUUCUUUGUCGUAACUUUUCUCGUUCCCGCGAUUCCGUCGUCCAUAUUUGUCGAAAGAUACAUUUUGUUCUGCAGGUUUCCUUCGGAAUGGCAUGGCCGUGUCGUCGACGAUGACUAAGAUUGCCGUCGAAGAGGCCUCGCCGAGGGUCCUUUUCAAUGUUGGCGUUUUCCGUGAUUCAUCGCCCAAGGCGGUGUUGGUUUCGACGUCCAUUCCAAAUUGAAUUUUCUUUCCUCUCUCAAGGAUACUGUAUUUUUUGCAGUUUGGCGAGAUCUUUUUGAAAAAGUGCAGUACUUUGCCAUUUAUACAGAGGUUACUGUAUCUUUUCUCGAUUAGUGCGGUGGUGUGUUUUUAUCCUUUCUCUGGAGCUUACUGUAUUUUCGACGUUAAAGAAAUUUCUAGAAAACAAUCAUUUCACACGAUGUUAACUUUCUGACUUGUCUGCGCUCUCUCACACCUCACCUGCAUGCUCAGAAAGACACACGAGAGCUUGGGGGAGAGAGAAGAGGGUGCAGAGAAGCUAGAUUAGAUCAGAUUAUGAUGAAUGAUGUAUGAGGUACUGUAGGCUCAAAUUUUUACCUUUUGUAGGAAGCGGGUCUUCCUCGAUCUGUCUGAAAAAUCUUCUAUCAUUUUUUUAUCACCCAAUUUUCCUUUAUCAUGUCUCAAAUUCCUUCACGUGCAGAUUUCGAAAACCCUCACCUUGAAACCAACUUCACAACUUUUCCCAAUGAAUACGGCUCUUGAUAAUUUUUCGCCGGUCCCUUGAGAUCAUCUAGAACUUUAUCCCAAAGAACAGGGAAAUGGGAACGAAAUGGAAAUCAAGGGAAAGCUGCCGUGGCAUCGUCCACUUUCGGCAUAGUGAAAGCGCGGCGAGUCUUUUUGGCGAUCGGGCGCACUUUCCAUUGCUUAUUGAGCUGCUUUCCCCUCGCUUUUUUGUGGCUGGUGUGAUUCAUGGAAUAGGAUUGAGGAUUAGAGGUUUUCGAAGCUUGGUCUGGUUUUGAGUUUGGUAGUUUUUUACAAGCACAGCUUUGUGUGAAGGAAAGUUAGUUUUCUUGAAGCUUUUUAUUGGGAGAAUAGUGAUCCUUUUGAUCGCACCAUGUUGAAAUUUGUAGUUUAAGUUUGUAGCCUUUUUUUUCGAGAAGCUUAAUGCAAGUACCGCUUUUCAAAGAACUCGUCAGUGAGAUCGAGAUCUUAUUAUCCCAGAUUUUUUUUCAAAUUUCCCUCCGUUCUAAUUCUAGUAACCUUUCUAACUUCCGAUCAAUCCUCGAUCAACUCCCAAAUGAACUGAACUUUGGCUUCACUUCCAAAAAAAGGCGGAACCAGUUGUAUCCGAUAGUUGAUCUAAAUGGACAAUUACCGAACGCUUUUCACUGGUCUUGCCGCGCUCACGUAACUUUCGCCCGCUUUCGAUUCACUUUCGACGAUCCAGUUCCCGGCCGACCGCAGCUCACGUAGCCACACUUAUCUAGGGUUCCCGCGGCAGGUUCUUCCCUCCCUCCCUUCCGCUGCCGCGCCGACGCACACGUUGCGCAACAAACAUGGGCGGGAGAAAGUGACGCCAAGCUCCGCCUCCAAUUUCGAGCGGUUUUUUUUCUCCUUGGUGUCCACCCCCAGGUGAUGAUGGACUCGGAGGAGGGAGGAAAAAAGUUGGACUUGAAGCCACACCCACCAAUUGCAAGCAUCACGCGGUGAGUUCGGCGCCGUCGACGGUCUUUAG